AUGUCAAACUACUAUCAACCCCAACAAUCCUAUGGCCCCGGCGCAGGAGGCGGCGGCGGAGGAGGAGGAGGCGCCCAAAACCUCCAGUUCUACCCCUCCUCCUACUCCCCAGCCGGCGCCGUCUCGGGCCACGCGACUCCACAACAGGCCUCGUACGGCUACGGAGCUCAACCCGCCGCGGCAGGCGGCUUCGGCGGCGCGGCGGCCUUUGGCGCCCCUCCCGGCGGCGGCGUCGGUGUGUCGGGUCGCAUGGGCGAGCAGGGCGGCCUGCGCACGGGUUGGCUCGCGGCCUUUUCGACUGAAGGGUACGAUGGCGAGCCGCCCUUGCUCGAGGAGCUUGGGGUCAACUUUGGACAUAUUCAGGCAAAGACUCUGGCCGUGCUGAACCCGUUCCGCCGAAUCGACCAACACCUAAUGGACGACGCAGACCUCUUCGGUCCCUUACUCUUUGUCCUCUCCUACGGCACCUUCCUCCUCCUUUCCGGCAAAAUCCACUUCGGCUACAUCUACGGCCUCGCCCUCCUCGGCAGCACCUCUCUCCACAUAAUCCUCUCCCUUAUGACCCCAACCGACGCCCACCCCUCAACAGCCCCCUCGGCACCCCAAUACGGCGGCCCGGUCUCCUCCGUCGGCGGCGGCUACCCCGGCGCCCCCGACACCCACCACGACCACCCGUCGCGCAACGCCGCCGGCCACUUCUCCUCGACCCUGACCUUCACCCGCUCCUCCUCCGUGCUGGGCUACUGCCUCCUGCCCCUCGUCGCCACGAGCGUUUUCGGUAUCUUUAUGCCCAUGGACACGCCCCUCGGUAUCGUCUUCACCACUAUGGCCAUUCUUUGGUGCACGUACUCCGCCUCGGGCAUGUUCUGCGCCGUUGGGCGUAUGAGGGGUAUGCGCGGGCUCGUGGCGUACCCGCUUGCGCUGUUUUAUGUCGGGUUCGGUAUCAUGGGCAUCUUUAGCUCUAGGGGCAGCGGCGGGUCUUUGGCCAAGGCGGCGGCUGGGCUGAAGGGCUGA